AUGACUCAUUUAAAUUGCUUUCAGGUUGCUAUGGGAUUCCAAAGUGUCUCAGAUGCCACGGUGUGCAAAGUGUUCCCUUCAACGUUGAGUGAUGCCGCGCAGAAAUGGUACCAGAACCUCAAGGAGGGCUCUAUUACUAGCUUCAGGGAGCUCGCUAUGGCCUUUAAAACUCACUUCGGUCCGAGCAUCGAACGAAAGAAAAGAUCCAGUGAUUUGAAGAAAUGUUUUCAAAAGCAGGGAGAAAGUUUGAAAGCUUAUAUUGCUCGGUUCAAUGCUGAGGCAAUCAUGAUAGAAGAUUUGAACGAUGAUACUGCCAUUGAUGCUAUGAAAGACAACACCAGCAUGGCUUGGAAUUAUAUCAACCUUGAUGAGGAGAGGCAGAGGAAAGUAUACGGGAAGGCUAGCCCGGUUCCCAGUAAACCGCAGAGCACUCAGGGAUCUAACCGCAGUCUAGAUCGGUACCGACCUCUGAACGAGACUUCGGGGUACAGGGGUAACAAUUCGUUUAAUGCUCAACCCAGUCCGCCGAGUUUCAGCAUUGGGGGAGGAACGGAAGGAUACGUGGACCGAGCAGGGGUACCCAGACAAUAUGUACCGCUUAACACUCCGAGGGAGCAGAUUUUAUCUUGGAUCAAGCACAAUAAUGAGGAGAUUUGUUAUCCCCCGAGGCUGGUGAAGGACGGAGACCGGUCCAAGUUCUGCGAAUUCCAUGAUGGCUAUGGCCAUGAAACAGAAGAAUGUGGGCGUUUGCGGAGUGAGAUAGACAAGCUGGUUUGCCAGGGACGAUUACAACACUUCGUGGUGGCCAAGGAGGGCCAAGACCGAGGAAAUACAAGGGUCAACUCGGUCAGGUCGGAGCCAGGGGGGAGCAGGGAAGCCCAAUCCCCAUCAAAGAAAACACAAGUCACAGGGGUGAUUAAUACAAACUCAGGAGGAACUUUGGAAUCCGAGUAUAGUCGAAAACGCAGAAAGAAAAAGCAAAAGAUGGUCAUGUCAGUGUCUACUGGGUCGCCAUGGCCUAGCAUUGUUUUCGGGCCAGAGGACGCGAAAGGGGUAGAAUUUCCCCACGAGGACGCUUUGAUCGUAUCUGCAAUCAUCGGAUCGAAAUGGGUAAAACGACUGCUGGUGGAUGAUAGUAGCUCGGUUAACUUGCUGACUCUGUCAGUCUUUUUGACGAUGGGAGGAUCCAAAACUGAUCUUAAACCAGUGAACAUUCUCCUCCUGGGGCUGGGAGGAGCUCCGGUCAUCCCAGAAGGCAUGGUCGAGCUAGACUUGGAGCUCGGUAUCGAAAUACCCCAGGAGGAUGGAACAGAGGGUAUCCUGGCGGAACCAACACGGAAGACCUAUGUUGUAUAG